GUUUCUUUCCCCCAUGUUCCCUCUCUCUUCUCCUUUCUCCUUGCUCUCUCUCUUCGUCGCCCUCUGGAAACCUCGGUCCUGGUCUCAGGGCUUUAGUAGACCCGACACAAACGCACCUAUUUUCGCGUUACCUGGCCCUGCAUUUAGUUGAUUCUGGAAACGGAACGAAGACUCUUCGCUCCGCGAUUUUUUCUGUCGAGGACCGAGAGCCGCCGCCGUCGCAGCCGUCGCAGCCGUCGUCGCAGGCGUCGCGAUGUUGCUCCUGUUCGAAACCCCGGCGGGGUUCGCGCUGUUCAAAGUGCUGGACGACAAGAAGCUCGACAAGGUCGAGGACAUCUGGAAGCACUUCGAGACGCCGGAGAGCGCCGGCAAGGUGGUCAAGCUGAAGGCAUUUGAUAAGUUCGAGAACACGGCAGAUGCGUUGGGGGCGGCGACGGCGCUGGUGGAGAGCAAGCUGAGCAAGGGGCUGAAGAAGUUCGUCAAGGCGCAGUGCCAGGGGGAGACGCUGGCAGUCGCUGACUCGAAGCUGGGCAGCAUCAUCAAGGAGAAGCUGGGAGUGACAUGCGUGCACAGCGCGGCGGUCAUGGAGCUGAUGAGGGGGGUGCGCUCGCACCUCUCGGAGCUCAUAGCGGGGCUGUCGGGCGCCGACCUCGCGCCCAUGAGCCUGGGGCUCAGCCACAGCCUGUCCCGUUAUAAGCUCAAGUUCUCCCCGGACAAGGUGGACACGAUGAUCGUGCAGGCCAUCGGCCUCUUGGACGAUCUGGACAAGGAGCUCAACACGUACGCCAUGCGCGUGCGUGAGUGGUACGGCUGGCACUUCCCCGAGCUGGGCAAGAUCGUGGCGGACAACCUGCACUACGCCAAGUCCGUCAAGCUCAUGGCGCACCGCGUCAACGCCGCUGACCUCGACUUCUCAGGGAUCCUGGAGGAGGAGGUGGAGGCGCAGAUGAAGGAGGCGGCGGUGAUCUCCAUGGGGACGGAAGUCAGCGAGCACGACAUGACCAACAUCAUUGCGCUCUGCGACCAGGUCAUCGCCCUGUCGGAGUACCGCGCGCAGCUGUUCGACUACCUGCGCUCGCGCAUGCUGGCCAUCGCGCCCAACCUCACGGUGCUCGUGGGCGAGCUGGUGGGAGCGCGGCUCAUCGCGCACGCGGGGUCCCUCAUGAGCCUCGCCAAGCAUCCCGCGUCGACGGUUCAGAUCCUUGGCGCAGAGAAGGCGCUUUUCCGCGCGCUCAAGACCAAGCAUGACACGCCCAAGUACGGGCUCAUCUUCCACGCAUCGCUCAUCGGCCAGGCGCCCCCCAAGCUCAAGGGCAAGAUCUCGCGUGUGCUGGCGGCCAAGUGCUCUCUGGCGAUCCGUGUUGACGCUUUGGGCGACUCCACUGAGCCCACCGUUGGUAUCGAGGGCCGCGCCAAGAUCGAGCAGCGGCUGCGGCAGCUGGAGGGGCGGGUGCUGGGCACUGCAAGUGCGGCCAGCAAGGGCAAGGCGAAGCUGGGGCCGUAUGACAAGGACAGGAAGGACGGCGCGGGGGCGCUCAUCACUCCCUCUAAGGCCUACAACCCUGCCUCAGACGCGCUUCUCACAGCCAAGUCACCGGCCACCGACGCAGCAGCAGCAGCGGGAGAGGAAUCGGCGAAGAAGGCCAAGAAGGAGAAGAAGGCGAAGAAGGCGAAGGCGGAUGGGGAGGCCACUCCCUCCACUGCUGCUCGUAUGGAUGCUGACGGGGCAGAACCACCUUCCACCGAGAAGAAGAAAAAGAAGCGUGAUCGCGAGGAAGAGGCGAAGGUGAAGGAGGAUACUGGGGCAGCGCCAGUCACGCCUGUAUCAGAGAAGAAAAAAAAGAAAAAGGAUGCUGCAGCUGCUGACGGCGCUGCUACUCCUGGCACUGCCGAGGGGUCGGCGAAGAAGAAAAAGAAGGUGAAGGAGGAGGAUGGGGCGACGCCAGGGGCAAGUGGAUCGUCCAAGAAGAAAAAGAAGUCCGCAGAGUGAGGGAUGGGGGGGCAGUCCGUUGCCGAUUUGUGCAAUUCGAUUGUGCUGAUUUUUGUUUAUGGAAGUGGUGAUUCCGGUUGUGAUGGAAUGUUUCUAGUCAUGAUGGAUGCGUUUCUCAUCUAGGAGAGGCUCCUUACACCUGAUUUCGCUUAUAGACCGUGUGGAAAAUAAUUGAAAUGUGCCAAUACAGAAGACAGCUUGAUAAUACCGAUGCAUUUGUCGUUUUGUCUAUCAUCU